AACAGCUUGUCCAUAAGUAUUUCAUUAUGUAUCUCUAUAAGAGAAGGAUUUUUUAAAUUAAUAAACUUUAUUUUUAGAGCACUUUUAGGUUCACAGCAAAGUGGAGUGGAAAGUACAGAGAGUUCCCAAAUACUCUGUCUGCACACACACAGCCUCCUCCACUAUCAGCAUCCCAGCACCAGAGUGAUACAUUUGUUAUACUCUAUGAACCUACAUUGACACAUCAAUAUCACCCAAAGUCCAUAGUUUAUUAUAGGGUUCACUCUUGGUGUUGUACAUUCUAUGGGUUUUGACGAAUGUAUAAUGACAUGUAUCUACCAUUGUAGUAUCAUACAGAGUAGUUUCACUGCUCUAAAAAUCCUUUGUGCUCUUUUUAUCCCUCCCUCUCCCAUGACUCCCAGGAACCACUGAUCUUCUACUGUCUUCAUGGUUUGCCCUUCUCAGAAUGUCAUAUAGUUAGAAUCAUACAGUGAGCAGUCUUUUCAGAUUGACUUCUUUUGCUUAGUAAUAUGCAUUUAAGUUUCCUUUAUGUCUGUUCAUGGCUUGAUAGCUCAUUUCUUUUUAGUGCUAUAUAAUAUUCCACUGUUUGGAAGUACCACAGUUUGCUGAAGAAUAUCUCGAUUGCUUCCAAGUUUUGGCAGUUAUCACUAAGGCUGCUAUAAACAUCCUUGUGCAUGGCUUUGUAUGGGCAUAGGUUUUUCAACUCAAUUGAAUAAAUACCAUGGAGAGAGAUUGCUGGCUUGUAUGGUAAGCAUAUGUUUAGUUUUGUAGGAAACUGCCAAACUGUCUUUCAGAGUAGUUGUACCAUUAUAUAUUCCCAGCAGCAGUGAAUGAGAGUUCCUGAUGCUCUACAUUCUCACCAGCAUUUGAUGUUGUCAGUGUUCUGGAUUUUCACUAUUGUAAUAGCUGUAUAGUGGUAUCUCAUUGUUGUUUUAAUUUGCAGUUCCCUAGUGUUACAUGAUGUUGAACAUCUUUUCAUAUGCUUACAUGCCAUCUGUAUAUCGCCUUUGGUAAAAAGACCUGUUCAGGUCUUUUGCCCAUUUUUUAAUCAGGUUGUUUGUUUUCUUCUUGUUGAGUUUUUUUUUAAACAUCUUUUAUUGAUUGAUUAAUUGAUUGAUUGAUUUUUUGGCUGCAUGUGGGAUCUUAGUUCCCUGACCAGGGAUAGAACCCACACCCCCUGCAGUGGAAGGUGGAUUCUUAACCACUGGACCACCAGGGAAGUCCCCCUUGUUGAGUUUUAAGUGUUGUUUGUGUAUUUUGGAUAACAGUCCCUUAUCAGACAUGUAUUUUGCAAAUAUUUUCUCCCAGUCCGACUUGUCUUCUCAUUCUCUUGACAGAGAGAGACUUAAACCCACAACAAUUACACUACCAUUGUCACAUUUAAAAUAAUUAACAAUAAAUCUCUAAUAUCAUCAAAUACCCAGUCAGCUUUCAAAUAUCCAGUUGUCUCAUAAAUAUCACUGCAAUCUCUUGAUAUAUCUCUGAAAUCUCUUAAUCUAUAGGUUUAUUCCUCCAUGUCUUUCUUCAUUUGCAACGUAUUUGAUGAGGAAACUCUGACCUCCCUCUCAAUCCUCCUUCAGUCUUUUCCACAGCAUUUGAGAAAACCACAGAGCUUCCCUAGUCUAAAAUAAUGGAAAGACUCAUUGAACAAAGAAGCGAUUUUGUACAAUUCCAGUUUCAAUUAACUUCAUCUCUGCUCUGUAAAUAGGGGUGAAUCUUAUCCACCACUGGAUCCUCAGGGUCUGGCACGUGACACUCGAUAUGCAUUUGUGGAAAGAAGAUAGGAGGGAAGGAAGAGAGGUUAUUAGAAGAAAGGUCAAAGGGAGAAAACAGAGAAAAUUUGACCCCAGGCCCUUCGGGAUGGGUACCUGACUGUGAAGCCAAAACCCUGUCUCUGAACUACUUACCAACAUGAAGUGUCACCCCCUGCAAUUCCCUGCUUCAGUUGACAGUUUGGGUGACCUUAAAGGGACCCAGAGCAGACUUCCCUCCGUCACCUGAACUCUAGGAGGAACCAGAGCCUUGGUACCAGCAGAGGCCUCUUGUGCCCAUUCGCCUCCUUGGAGAGUCCAGAUGAAUUUGGGUUUGUGGUUACCCCCUGGCUGGGCUUCAUGGAGAAAUCUUCUCUGAUUUCUAAUCUAAAUCCCAGAGCAGCCCCCAUCUUUCAGUGGACAGAAUGAGAGGCCUUCUGUAACCAGGCAUAACUGGCCAUCAUGGGGAAAUUGAUCAGGAUGGGAGUGCAGGAGAGGCGGUUACUCUGGCCAAAGCGGCUUCAUUGGAGGCGCCUCCUCUUCCUAUUGGGAAUGCUGAUCAUGGGUUCCACCUACCAGUACCUGAGGAGCCCCCGGGGGCUCCCCUCACUGUGGGCAGCAGUCUCUUCCCAACACCCUGUAAAACUAGCCAGCCGGGACCUUUCCAACAAUGAGAUGAUGAUGGUGAGCAGUGACCCUCCAAAAUCUAGCCCUGAGAUGGAGGUUGAGACAUGGGCACCCCAAGCCACAGUAGGCAGAGAUGGAACAACACCUGGUGUAACAAUGGAGAACACCCCCAGUAUACCUAGAAGAAUAGCCAACGUCAUUCCAGCAACACCCAAGAGCAGCGACAGCCCAGCAGCAGCCCGCAAAGAAAAAGUGAAGGAAGACACCCCAGCCACACCCAGUGGAGCACUGAAUCACUACCCUCCAACUUCAGGCAGACCAGUGGUAAAUAAUUAUACCCCAGCAACACGCAGGGGAGAAGUGAAGAGCUACCGCCUAACUCAAGCCAGGGGAAAGGUGAGGAAAUACACCCCAUCCCCACUUGGUAGGAUGGUGAACAGUUACGCCCCAUCCACAUUCAUGACAGUGACCAGGAGCCAUGGGAUCACCCCCAGAGCAACAGUGAAAGACAGUGAAAUUAUGACAACCAACAAAAUACUGGAGACCAACCCUUCCAAGAGAGUAUUGGGGGAAACCACCCCAACUCCUCUCAAGGGAGUAACUGAUAACGCCCUACCCUUCCUGAUAAAUGACUUAGAAACCGACAUCUUGACUUCUCCAAGGAAUGUGGCAGAAGAGAAGACCCUAACUACCACCAGAAGAGUGGACAAUAAUAGCUCAACCAACCACCGGGGGUUAGUGGGAAAAAACAGCCUGACAACACCCCAAGGAACAGUCCUGGAGCACACCGCAGCCACCUCUGAGGGGCAGGUGGCAGUAAGCAUCACGACAGAAACCAAAGCCUCUACUGCUGCGUGGAAGGCUAGGAAUCCCUCGUCCAGAACCAGUGCACCGACCGUUGGAAUAUCCUCAGCCACCUUCUGGGGGCUGGUGAAGAACCCUUCACCAGCACCCACCACUCCAGCAACUCCCAGGGUCAGGGCAAGUCCGACCACUCAGGUCCAUCACUGUGUGGUUGUGGAGCCAGUCCCAGUCUCGUCCACUGUCCCCUCCCCCAGUCUGACAACAGCUGGGAUGCCAGAGACUCCCAGUCCCUCAGUACUGCCUUCUGGGCAGCCAGACCUCCACCCCAAGGCAGAGUACCCCCGAGACCUGUUCAGUGUGAAGGAGCGGAGGCAGGGCUGGGUGGUCCUGCACAUCUUUGGCAUGCUGUAUGUGUUUGUAGCCUUGGCCAUCGUUUGUGACGAGUACUUUGUCCCAGCCCUGGGUGUCAUCACAGACAAGCUGCAGAUCUCUGAGGAUGUGGCAGGUGCUACCUUCAUGGCUGCUGGAGGCUCUGCCCCCGAGCUCUUCACCUCCCUCAUCGGCAUCUUCAUCUCCCAUAGCAAUGUGGGCAUCGGCACCAUAGUGGGCUCUGCGGUGUUCAACAUCCUCUUUGUCAUUGGCACUUGUGCCCUCUUCUCCCGGGAGAUCCUCAACCUCACCUGGUGGCCCUUGUUCCGUGACAUCACCUUCUACAUCCUUGACCUAAUGAUGCUCAUCCUGUUCUUCCUGGAUAGCCUCAUUGUCUGGUGGGAGAGCCUGCUGCUUCUGCUGGCCUAUGCCCUCUAUGUGUUCACCAUGAAGUGGAACAAACAGCUUGAGCUCUGGGUGAAGAAGCAGCUCAGCAGGAGGCCAGUGGCCAAGGUCAUGGCCCUAGGGGACCUUAGCAAGCUGGGCGGUGGGACAGUUUUGGUGGAUGAGCAACAGGAUAACAAGAAGCUGAAGCUCGCGUCCAUGCUGACCCAAGGGAGCAGCUUGGCCUCUCUGCACAACAGCACCAUCCGCAGCACCAUCUACCAGCUCAUUUUCCGCAGCCUGGACACUCUGGGGGAAGCCCGGCCCUCCAAGGACAAGGAGGAGGAGAGCUUGAAUCAGGAGGCCAAAGCCAAGCCUCAGGCCAAAGCAGAGAGCAAACCAGAAGAGGAGGAGCCAGCCAAGCUCCCUGAGGUCAUGGUCACACCAGCCCCUGCUCCAGACGUCAAGGGAGAUCAGGAGGAAGAUCCUGGCAGUCAGGGAGAUGUGGCUGAAGCUGAGAGCACAGGUGAAAGGACAGAUAACGAGGUUAAAACUCCUGGUGAAGGUGAAAAUGGAGAGCAAAGUGGAGGUGAAGCUCAACCAGAAGGUGAAGGUGAAGAAAAAGGAGAGAAUGAAAGUGAAGGUGACAUCCAGGCAGAAAGGAAAGGAGAGAAUGAAAGUGAAGGUGACAUCCAGGCAGAAAGGAAAGGAGAUGAUGAAGGUGAAGGUGAAAUCCAAGCAGGAGAAGAUGGUGAAAUGAAAGGUGAUGAAGGUGACCUCCAGGCAGAAAGGAAAGGAGAUGAUGAAGGUGAAGGUGAAAUCCAAGCAGGAGAAGAUGGUGAAAUGAAAGGUGAUGAAGGUGACCUCCAGGCAGAAAGGAAAGGAGAUGAUGAAGGUGAAGGUGAAAUCCAAGCAGGAGAAGAUGGUGAAAUGAAAGGUGAUGAAGGUGAAACUGGAGAGCAGGAAUUGAACGCUGAAAAUCAAGAUGAAGCCAAAGAAGAUGAGAAAGGUAUAGAUGGUGAAGAGGAAGGUGAUGGAGGUGAGAGUGAAGACGAAGAGGAGGAGGAGGAGGAGGGAGAGGAGGAGGAGGAGGAGCAGGAGGAGGAGGAGGAGGAGCAGGAGGAGGAGGAGGAGGAGCCUUUGUCCCUGGAAUGGCCUGAGACCAGGCAGAAGCAAGCCAUUUACCUCUUUCUUCUGCCCAUUGUGUUCCCACUGUGGCUGACGGUGCCCGACGUCCGGAGGCUGGAGGCUAGGAAAUUUUUUGUUAUCACCUUCCUGGGAUCCAUCAUGUGGAUAGCCAUGUUCUCAUACCUCAUGGUGUGGUGGGCUCACCAGGUUGGUGAAACAAUAGGGAUUUCUGAAGAGAUUAUGGGCUUGACAAUCCUAGCAGCAGGCACAUCAAUUCCUGACCUCAUCACCAGUGUGAUUGUCGCUCGGAAAGGCCUGGGAGACAUGGCCGUGUCAAGCUCUGUGGGCAGUAACAUAUUUGAUAUCACCGUGGGCCUGCCCCUUCCUUGGAUGCUUUUCUCUUUUAUCAAUGGAUUACAGCCUGUUCCUGUCAGUAGCAAUGGCUUGUUUUGUGCCAUUGUUUUGCUUUUUCUCAUGCUCCUGUUUGUGAUCUCUUCAAUUGCAUUAUGCAAAUGGAGAAUGAACAAGAUCCUGGGCUUUACCAUGUUCCUCCUGUACUUUGUAUUCCUGAUAAUCAGUGUGAUGUUAGAAGAUCGAAUCAUAUCCUGUCCUGUGUCUGUCUAAGUCAGUCACUGUUGCUCAAAAUGGACACGGAUCAGAAAACCAUGCCAGAAGUUACUGUACCACUUGUUACAUUAAAGAAUGAACAUGAUCCAGGAGAGUGAACUAAGUGGGCAGGAGCCUCUGAUGUGGAUGUGAUCGGGACUGAAGUUUAUCCUUGGAAAACACCUGCAGCUCAUUGUGGAUUAGGACUCUUUGGAGGGGUGGAGCUCCUACCACCCCUGAUGCAGACAGCUAACACAUGGAGGCCAGCAGAAGGACCCAAGUCAGAGGAUUUUCUAAAAUGAGAUAUUUGGGAGUGAGGGUUGGGACAGGUACCUUAGCAAUCAGAUAAGCUCCCAUGUUCACAGUUCCCUGAUUAUUCCUGAAGGGCUGCUGAUGCAAAAGAUGCAGGUGUGGUCUCCAUCUCACCCUCCUGGCCCCUGCCCCCAGCACAUGCUGCAGUUUACUGUCUCCUCUUUUUCUGUUCAAAACAUGUGGUUCUAUCAGAUUUGUAUUCAUUACAGGUUCAGUUACUGGUGAGUUUAAAGGAGCAAAGUCUAUAGGAAAAAAAGUAUAACAAGAAUCAAUUAUCAUUACACACUGUAGUCCAGUAAAAUGUGUACCAAUAUUUUAUAGCUUAAAAAGGAGGACUACAUAUGCUCUCGUUGUAUUUCUGAAAAGUCAAAUUAAAAUAAGCAGCUCAAGAAAUUAAAAUUCAUAAUUUGCCCUUCAAUUGGAAGAUGUAGGUAUUAGGGAAGGAGAACUACUCUGAGGGCUAUUUAAAAACAUGUAUUUAUUAGGAAAUCCAAGUUAGUGUUGUCUCCAUCAGGUGGGUCACCUUGAGGGAUUAGACAUUCUAACAAAGCUGUCCUGGCUCUGUGCCCCUCCCCUCUCAUAUUCUCACCCAACAGUGACAGCUGCACGAGUGAGUGAGAAACAGAGUAAUUUUUAAAAAGAGUCUGAAGUCAGGAGAGCCAAAUCUGGUUUACAAAGUAAGAGAUCCAGCGGGGCAAUGCUAUUUUUGUAUGUCAUCCUCAAUAGGAUUAUAAAACAAGAAGAUUGAUUUCUUGUGUGGCUUACAAGUGGAUAUUAAGGCGAUUACAAAGGAGAAAUUCCAAAAAUGCUUAAACAAUGACAAGAUGGUAAGGAAAAGAGUAUUACUACUUCCACGGUAGCUGAUGUAAAGGACACCUGUGUGUUUUUUAAAAAAUUAUUUAAUUAAUUUAAUUUUGGCUGCGUUAGGUCUUCGUUGCUGCAUGCGGGCUUGCUCUAGUUGUGGUGAGUGGGAGCUACUCUUUGUUGCGGUGUGCGGGCGUCUCAUUGCGGUGGCUUCUCUUGUUGAGGAGCACGGGCUCUAGGCGCGUGGGCUUCAGUAGUUGUGGAAUGUGGGCUCUAGAGUGCAGGCUCAGUAGUUGUGGCCCACAGGCUUAGUUGCUCCGCGGCAUGUUGGAUCUUCCCAGACCAGGGCUCGAACCCAUGUGCCCUGUAUUGGCAGGUGGAUUCUUAACCACUGCGCCACUAGGGAAACCCGACACCUGUGUUUUUAAAAAUUGUGUGGUUAAACAUUUCAGGUGGAAGUUGAAGUGCUUGUAUAUUAAAUACCACUGCUUGCUGCUUUUACUGGCAUCAGGUUAAGGGGCACAUUAAAAAUGAAACAGUGUGGUGGUUACAAAGCAAAAGGAGCUGAGGUGAAUGUAGUUUAGGAUGGUAAAUAUCGCUUUAAUUAGAAACAUGAGAGAGGAUUCACUGAAGACUGGAAGAUAGCAGGACAAGUGUGAUGUGGGAAAAAAACCAAACAUUUUGGUGUUGAAAGGCUGUGUUCAAAGUACUUCAGUCCAUAAUCCAUCUUUUAAGACGGGCUGGUUAAUUUAAUUCAUGGCCUCACUCCAGGACUCACAUUCUUUGGAAAUGACUUUCACUAAAUUUCAAUAAAUUGUGAGUCCCAAUGAUAUUUUACAAAAAUGGACGUGUUCGUCCAUAUCUUUAGGUUAUUUAGUCAGAAUGCUCGAGAGAAGACUGAUGAAGAAUAUGGGAUCAUGUUCACAUUCCAUAUUCUUAAAUUAGUUAUCCUCAUUCCUGAUGCUGCCGCACUGCCUGGUCUCCAUAUGCCAUGGCCUAAGAACAGGAGGAGAGAGCAGUGCCUAUGGAAGGGAGAUCCCAAUACCAACACUCUGGGCACCAAUCUGGUAUCUGCCACCAACCUCAGCUGGUCUCGAGGAUGUCACCUCCUCACUGACAGCCUGGGAGCUGGUGCUCUUCCCCAAAACGACUUAUGAGGAGUGAUGGACGGUGAAACAUCCUGUAAAGGUAAAGUGCUAGGCUGCCAUUUGAUGAUUAAAAUCGACUCUAAUGGUUGAAUAUCAUUUUUCUGAUCCGUUUGCUAAAUUUCUGGCAUUCCUCUUUGCCUAGAAAGGAAGUUCUGACUUCACACUAUGUAGAAAAGAGUCAAAAACAAAAAUGAAGGCUGGGUCUUGAUGGAUGAGCAGCUGGUGGGGAGAAAGGAGAUUUCAGGGAGAUGGAAAACUUACGUAACUUCUAAAAGAUCAAUUUGUUAUGCUUGAAAUAAAAAAUUUUGCAAUCCAUUAUAAA